GUCGUGGCAACUUUGAAAAUUCCAAAUAUGGAAGUGAGUUCAAAAAGCCCAGGUCGCCUGUUAAACCUCUGUAUGCAAAAUUACCAGAAAUGUCUGAAGGAUGAGAAAUUAGAAGAUGCCACUUCUGCUGCCCUCUUGUGGCAUCUAUUAGUAUUGCUGUGCAGACAGAUUGGAAAUAUCAUGGGUUCAGAUGUUGCAGAACUGCUGAUGAGGGACUGCAGUUCUUUGGGUGCGUGCGGUGAGCCAACAGAUGGAGAAAUCCUCAUUUAUCUGAGUGAAACACCCACAUCAGAAAAAGAGACCUUCAACAUUACUGACCUGAUAGGAUAUCCACCAACUGACAAAGAGGCUGCAGAGUAAAACCCUCAGAAAUUCACAAAACUAUUGCUGUCUGGCAGAAAGAAGGUUUAUUGAAGUGUAUUUUCUACAUUGUGUCUCUUAAACGAAAAUUUUUUGACUGGUAAAGACCCUGUAAAACUGUUUGACCAAUGCAGUUCUGUCUUUGUUGUUAUAUACUGAAAAUGGACAUUGGGGCAGGACAUGAUGAAGGACUUUCUUUU